AUGUCCGAAUCGCCCGAUUCCGAACGGUCCUCGGAAGGGCGUUCGUCUCCAAACGAGAAACUUCAGAUUCGGCUUGUGCCGUAUCAACCGCCCCGGCUCAGCGGCGGUUCCGAGCUCUUCAACCCGAAUGCCUCCAUCGGCUCGAACCUGGACAAUGUCGAAAUCCAUUCUGCGGACUAUUCGCCCGCCACCGCAAGCCCUCCUUCUUCGGCCUCGACCAUCGCCGGUCCGUCUCGCGCCUCAGCUGGCAAGCGACGGAGUUCAAGUAUUGGCCCAAAUGAAAUCCUCGAUACCGGUUCAUCUGCUAUCGAGGCGGCCCCUCGGGGGAGAUAUCGAUCUCAAUCUCUGUCGCAAUCAUUGAAAACCCUGACGUCGCCGCCAUCCCCAGAACUCCCACCUGACGCCGCUGCCAAUAUUGCUGCUGCUACCGCUGCUGCUGCUGCGACAUCCCCAGUCCAACGUCGCCCCAAGAGAUUCAUCGACAUCAACCUUAAUUCUGACAACAAGACCUUCUCCCUCGUCCCCCUUAACUCCGUUCGGGCCUCCCGGACCAACUCCGUUGUUUCUACUCGCACCGACUCAAACCCGCAUUACUCUGUCGCCUCCAGUUCCUCUUAUAUGCAGAAUUCUUCAAGCAUCUUUAGCGAAGAUCGCCCCAGCUCGGCCUUGACGACACUGGCAGAGGAUAGCGCCUCUGUGACCGCAUCAUCCCUCGGUCCCUCAAUCCCCGAAGAAGAUGAUGACUCCAUGUCCCCUUGGAACUACAACCUUGUUGGUGGACUGCGCAAGGUUCAGAGUCAGCUCAGCGAUGCCACCGAAACUACCCCCACCCAACUGCCUCCAUUCCUGGAGGAAGAUCCCGUCGCCUCGGGCAAGAUUGCGGUGGAGGAAGAGCGCAUCGCUGCGUUUACGCUGAAUAGCAAGAAAUCAUUCCAGUCCAACAAAACCGGCAAUACCGUGUCGGAUCGCACGAAUUACAAGACGUAUGCGCAAAGCUCUUCUGGCCCGGACACUGUUCGUGGCUCCAUGGCAUCGGACUUCGACACCUCUUCGCUUUUCCCCGGCGGACCCAACUACGUCGUUUAUGACGGCGCGUCAACAUCUGACCAAUCCCGGGCGCACUCGGAUUCGGAAGUGAGGGAGACGCCCAACUAUGUUGUCCACGGACACCGACGUACGCAGUCGGACGGGACGGACAUCUCUCAUGCGCCGUCCGAAUACUCGAACAACAGCAUGGUGGUGGCUCCUUUACGGCCCAUGAGAUCAGGCCGUCUCUACUCUAGCUCGACGAUUCCUAGCACUCGAUCGCUCGAGCACCUGAGGACCGGGUCCUUGACAUCGGUUUCCAGCUCCAGACUCAACCGGGAGGCUGAGUCCAAUGCUCCAGCGGGCAUGUCCACACAGGUCGAUUUAGAAGGGCGACAUUCGCGAUCCCAGUCCAGUGCCAGCCAAGUUCACCGCAGAAAUACGUCUCGAACGCAGCCAUGGGGUACUGCUCUGUCCACAGUCAUGUCAGAGAGCGAACGGAGUGACCCGUCGACUCGGUCCAUCUCUCGACUGUCUGGCAAUGCUCGCAGCAGCGUCUUUACGCUCAACCAGCUCAGGCAGACAGGAAGCUUCUCCACCUUUGGUCUGGAGGAGACUUUGGCCAUGGCGUCCCAUUCUCGAAACGGCUCUGUAGACCGACCUCAACCAGUUUACGGCAGAGAUACGCCAUUCUCUACUGCUCGUCUAGUACGCGACCAUGACGAGGAUGGUGAUGGUCUGGCAGACCUGGAGAGCAUGAACCGCCUCCCCUCCCGCGCCCGCGGCCUAAGCAUGGCUUCCGAGCACUCAGGGCCCAGAAAUCACCGUUCCCGUUCCAGAAGCAAUUCUCGAAACAACAGCAUAAGCUACACGUCGGUCAUUCCGGCCUGGGCCAGGGUUUAUUACGGGAGUGGAGAACGGCGCUUUUUGGCGGCGCAACCUUCCAACGAGUCCAUGUUUUCGCAGUUCACCAGCAGCUUACACCGAGAUUCGUCCCACAGCCGCUCCCCGAGCUAUGAGGCGUACACUGGCGAGAUCAUCAACCCCCGUCGUCGGCCCCGAGAAAUGCAUCGCCGCGCCAGUGAAUCCGAUUCGAUGGACAUCCGCCCCAACCCCUAUAUGCCCGUCGAUCACAGCGUCAAGAAGCAGACUUCGAGCGUCUGGUCACCGCAUCUGCAAACCGAUAGACGAGCCAGCCGAUUUAGCAUCUGGUCGCCUCCUUCGUUGGCCGAAUCCGCCGACUAUGGAAUCUGGAAACGAAACCUCCAGCUUGUGCUGUUCGUUCUCGGCUUCAUCUGUCCAUUUAGCGCCAUUCUGCCAAUUCCUCCCAAGCUGGAGCGAGAAAUGACAGAACAAGCCUACAGCACAGGCCAUCUGGAUAUUCGAAUGGAGGCACGCCAGCAGAGGCUAUACAUCAACGCGGAACGCCUUCAUGAACGCGCCAGGUGGUGGAGAAGCGUCAACCGGCGCAUGUCCAUCAUCGGCGCCCUCAUCAUCUGCCUCUGCGUCGUGCUGAUUGCCGUCGGCGUGACGCAGUGGCAUUCAUGA